AUCCAUGCUAGGCACUGUAAUUUAUCUCCAUCCUUUAUUUACACAUGCGUAUCCAAAUCUGCCCCUUCUCUCUCUUCCACACACAUAUGGACGCACGCAGAUGCACAACUAAAUGCUCCAGUUGUCAGUCUUCAAUUACCUCCUACUUCUGUCACCGAUUCCUCUCUCGUACUGGGCGCUUUUAAUUGGCCAAUUUCUGCUCCCCACCCAAGGCAAGCCACAUCACCUUUGGUUGAGCCCACUCGAGAUGGAGGCAAAGGCGAACCAGAACCUUCUUGUCUGCAUAAAAACCACUAUCGUCAUGGCAUCGACCCUCACUACGACCACCGCCGGCAUCACCACCGAAAGCGUAGACACAUCCACAAUCAUACAUACCACAUAAACCUUGGUAAUUACCCAUGUCCCGAUUCCCGUCCUGCCCCUGUCACUCACCCUAUCGCUGACCUUGACAAUGAUCAUCAACGCGACCACGAUCAUCACGCCCAGCUGAUUAAAUCGCGCCACAAUCAGAAUCACAACCAUCACCACCACCAUCAGCAUCACCACAAUCAUUAUCAAAAACAACGACUAGAUCAACCACGACAACUUCAGGAAGAAUUUUCGGGGCAUAAAACUGGUCGUUCAUGCAGUCGCUUGACGGAGGGUUCUUUAGAGGCGAGCCAUCCAAUGGGACCAGAUAUCAAACAGACUCAAGAUGUUACUAAUAGCCCGGACAUUUCAGCGCCAAUCAAAUACCCGGAGGUCACAUCAAAGCGCCGUUACAGCUCUGCAAGUGGGUCACUUAUCUAUAGUAGCUUAUUUCUUAUUAGCCGACUGCAAUUUUUUGUCCACAGGAUUUGUUGA